GGCUUUCUUAAAUGCACUCUCUCAAAAACUAAUUAAUAAUUUAGAAAAUGUCAUCUUGGUUCUCUCUCCCCAUCCCUUUCAAAUCUCCCGACGAUGAGCAAAACCAUUCCGAUCCGAGCCUUCCCUCCAUCUUUCGCGGCGUCGCAGCCUUCCUCGCGCCUCCUCCUCCCGCCGCAGGAGACGGCGGAGACAGCGCAGCGGCGGAAAGCUCUCAGGCGAUUGUGGGAAUCAGGAAUGAUUUGGUGGAGAUUGGGGACAGCUUCAAAUCGAGCCUUUCAUUGUUGGCAUCCAACAUGGCUGCUUCUGAAUUUUCAAAACUCGCCUCCAAUGUUUUGAGGUUUAAGGAUGAUGAAGUGGAAGGGCAGGUCGAUGAAGAGGAUGAAGUGGAAGAGGAGGACGACAAGAUUGGGAUCACCGAUGAAGUGGUGGACUUUGUGAGGACUAUUUCCUUUAGACCUCAGCUUUGGACUGAUUUUCCUAUCAGUUUAGCUAAAGACUUUCAUAUCUCUGAUAACCAAAGAGAGCAUGUGGAAAAUAUUGAGCAACUGGUGCCCAGUCUUGGAUCCUUAAAGCAAAAACUUGCCCACCAUUUAACAGAUGGGCAGUUUUGGAUGAUAUAUUUCAUCUUGUUGCUUCCUAGGUUGGAUGAGAAUGAUUUGGAGCUCCUAUCAACUCCUGAGAUUGUCAAAGUUAGGGAGAUGCUUCUGCAGCAACUGCAAAAUAAGAAAAUUACAGAGUCAGAGCCUACAAAAGAACCUGAGACAGUGCAAAGAUCUCUGGAUGGUGAAAAGCAACUGCCUAAUACUAAUGCUGCAGCCGAGCCUUGUAGUAAUGCUGCACCAGAUGUGAAAGUUAUCACAGACGAGAAAUCUGAGCAGCAGAUCAAAGAUGUGGAGGAUGUUUCAUUUAGUGAUCUGGAGGAUGAUGAUACUGAUUCAUCAGAUCAAAAACCUGAAACUAGGGUGUCACACAGCAAGAAAGCUUCAUUAUCUAGUGAAUCACAUGAAUGGGUUCAACUAAAUGAAAGUUCCAAUGAUCGGGUUACACAACGAAUUGCUGGCCAGUCUACUUCCUCUGGGAAAGAUUCAGAAGGUGAAGAGUCGAGUGGCUGGCACACUGUUGAUGAUGCUGAUUUUGACAGUUUGGCAACUAUUUAAGAUCCUCUGCAACUGUACAUUGUCUUCCUUUACAAUCUUUGAUUGUCUUCUCUCUUUUUUUUCGACAUGUUCUUUGUCAAUGCCGAUUUUAUCUCAAAAUCUGAAAAGAAAAAGGAAAGAGAAGAAAGGUAUCUUAAUGUAGUACUAUGCUUUUAGAUUUAUUUGUGCAAUUGUUGAUAUUAUAUGAUUUUUACUUAUCCAGAGAAAGUAUAUGCUUUGCGUUA